CGCCAACGUAGAAGCUGGAAUCAUUGUAUUAAGGCUCCUUCAUUCGUCUUCCAUCCAUCGAGGGUUGUCGAGAUGUCAAGUAAGGGACGAUAUGAACGUGGUCGGUCUCUAACCUGUCAGGUUUUAAGGUUUGUUCUUUACAGAGAAUCACGUAAAGAAUGCUAACUCAAACUUUCUGCAUUCUUCGGCGCCAGCGUUGUCCUUUUGACAUUUGUUGUGGUGUGCAAACUGCACCGAAAAAACGAAAUCCUGGGAACUACCUUCUGGAUUGGUGGGUUUUGCUCAGUUUUGUUCAUUCGAUUCUCUUUGCUCCACUUGUCAUGCUUGACGAUGCGGAAGUCACGAGGUGAACUUGUCGCAAGGUUUCAGGCUACACUGGGGAUGUUGGAUCACAGACUACUAUGGUAAUUUUGUGCUAUGUCCGAUGAACAGCAUAAUUGCUGAGCCUUUUCAAGAUGAAGCAAACAACUGAAAUCUUGAGAAGAGGCAGCUUUGAACGGGUCGUGUUUCUGGUGGAUGUCAAAUUUUUGAUUGAGCAGGGCGAUCGUAGGAUAUGUGCUGCCCAGAUAUUUAGUUCUGUUGUUGCGGUUCUCGAAAAGUGUAAAGAGAACAGCAGAUUUUCAGCGCUAUGGGGAUAUAUCCUUUUCGAUUCAUCUCGUCCACCUAUGAUGUCAAGCACGACUAUUGGUAAGCUGCUUGCAGGGCAGUCUACGCGUGAACGAUUCGAUGGUAUCACGCAGAAUUUGGAGAAGUUUGGGAAGGUUCUGGAUGCGGUGGUAGCUUCUGGUGAUGGAUAUACAUCGGCUGGGGAAAGUAAAGCUGACUGUCUUCUUCGAACUCUGGCAGCAGUUGCCUCAGACUUUCCAUGGGAGCCACUAGUUGCUAGUGACAGUUCUUCGGAUGAGGAGAUGAGAAAUUUGCUGCAGCACCACCAAAGUUGCGCUGGAGAGCAGCUCGUUUCUAAACAUGGAUCCAAUUUGGUGAUCAUAUUUUCUUGCCUGCCGACUUGCAGCAGUCAAGUAGCUAGGUUUCUUGACAUCCAUCCAAAUUUUGCAAAUUCUGUUGGUGAGGAAGAGUUACUCCGCGAACUCGGCUUGCGAUUUAGUCGUGUUAAUUCUAUUCUGGUAUCCAGGAACAUUCAAUCCUGUUGGAUAGAUGUAACUGCAAGUCAGAGUUCCCGUAACUUCGGGCUUUCCGAAGCUUAUCUGAAGUUGCAUGAGGAGAAAAGCGUAGCUGGGAGAUGCCUGCUUGAAAUGGCGUGGAGUUUUGUUCCUUUAGGUCUAAUCGCAAAUAUCAUGAAUCCUGUACCUUUCCGUUUAAUAUGGAACAUGAUAGUUUGUCUGCGGCCAAACAUCGUCCACCGCGGGGCUGUCGCGAGUCGGGAGGCACAGGUCAAAGGUUGGGAAGCACUGUUUCAACGGAACUCGAGCAGCCCUGCCAACUUUAUUCCGGUGGAGUUGCACCCUUGCACGAGCUCGAUUUCUCAUGCUGAGCACGUAUGUAGGCUAUCUCAGCUGUUCCCGGUGAAAGAUACAUUGAAGAAGUCAGAGAGUCUGUCAGGUUUCACGGAAGUGGAUGUUGUUAUUCUUUCCAAGGUGUCAAGAUCAAACCACUUGAAGCAUUUCUCCGAACGAUAUCUUGUGCUGCCGAAACCAUGCGAGGCUCUUACAUUACAGUCAGGUCUUACUAGGCUAGGUGACUUCAAAGCAGAUAAAUACAGAGCUGGGGACCCUUCAUGGCCUGGCCUUCUGAUUGCGCUGGAAAGCGAGGAUUGUGUUCUUCACGUAAUUGUUGAUACUGGAGGCCACAGAUGCGAAGCUAUUUUAGAACCUUUUGCAGUCGACGUCGCUCUUCUAGCCAUACUAGAGACUGCAUGUUCACCUUUGCUUAGAAAACAUCUCCCCACGCGUUUAAGCUGUCAUUUGUCAAGGGUCUCCAAAAUCUGCAUGAGGGAUAAGUUAGAAGAGUAUGCGAAGACUAGACUGUCGUGCACUGUUGACAACAAUGAAGUUGCUACAGAUGGUGUUCGAAGUUGUGGUGGAAGCGAUUUUGAGAAAUCUUUUGACAGCUCGCUUUUGAAAGUUGUGAAAGACAAACGUAGAGGCAGCGUGCUCUUCAAAUGUGUUAAGAAGCAAAGAGUUGACUGGGGCAAAACAUUAGAUGCCACUCACGAUUGCUUUGAAGGCAGUACUUCGGAGCCAGAGAGCGUCAGCUGGCUAGAGUACUGGCGGAGGGUGAUGAAACGAUUUCGAAAGGAACACAUGUUUCUUGACCAGGGCUUUUCCACAAUUAGUCCCAUUUCCGACGUAAAACCUUUUAGCGUCGAGAGAUUUUUGCAGGAUAGAAGUAAAGACAUUCAGGUAAUCGGAGCGUCUACAGGAGGUGCUGAAUCUCAAUUCGUUCCAGAAUCUUUGGAGGGUGGAGCACAGUUUGCUCUAGGUUCUCCUCCUUCGAGUUCACCGGAGGUCAGAAGCCAUUUGCACCAGAGUCUUGCCAUCAACGUGGACACCGCAGGUCAAAAGGUCUCAGGUAAUGCUCAUUCACUCCAGUAUAGGUCCCCAGUCAGCGGAGACGAUCGACCGUCAAAAUCAGAACUACCACCAUCGUCGUUUAAACAUAGAGGCCACCCUACACGGAUCUCGAGUGAUUUUCAUUGGAAAGCUGAGAUGAACGACUGUAUGACAUUUGGGAUAUCCAGUGGAGAAUCCUGUACGGAGGAGUUAGAACGGAACGUCUAUUCCUCCAAUUCUGUAGAUCUUCAUCACUAUGCGACUUCAGUUGUCACUGAAGCUUACAAGGGGCUACAGAAGGUUUAUGCAAGUGAGGUAUACUUACAGAGCAACCUGUCGGGUGUGGGAGAUCGGAAGGAAUGUACAGAAACCUCGGUUGUAGUUCACCUGAAAAAGCUUUUUUUCAAAAAGCCUAGGCAGCUCUUUUCGAAAUACAAGGAGCUUCUGGCAUCAUCCGCCAUAUCCAACAGGAGCAAGGCUUCCAUUGUUGAAGAGAAACUCAGAGAACACGAACUUCAGAUUAUUUUUCGUCUAGAAGUUCUCGCGCUUGAGGGCGAGGUGUGUACCUCACCAUCAAGCGCAAAACAGGAGUGUUUUAUAAACGAAAUUUGCCAACUUCUGGAUAAUAUCCAGUUUCAUUUUCCCGCGGGGAACCAGAAUGAGGAAAACCUGCAACGAUAUUGCGAAAGAGUCAUCGUUUCAAGGUACAAGAGUUUGUUGCCAUCGACAGUGAGCAAGAUCUUCUCAGCAAUGGAACUCAAUGGAUACUGUGACACUACGCAGAGUUCUUCUGAUUUCUUUGAGUCUCUUCAAAGUUCAGACAAUCAACCGUCAUCAGAUGAUUCUGUUGUCCCUGAGUCUGGACACCAAGCAAUUGAUCUUUCAUCUGAUGCUCAGCUGGACAGCUUUGAACAACUGAAGGCUUCGCGAGUUGAAAAGAGGCUCUUUUUCAGUAGAGCAGAUUUGACUUCCAGGCCGAUCAGUAAAGAAAAUAUGCCACUCUCAACAACAUCAUCUGGUGAAGGAAAUUUGGCCUCAACUAACUACACAACACCGGAUGUACCUAAUAAGCUGGAGCAGAGACACAGGAAAAGUUAUCACUUUUCUAGUGGAGCAAACAACCUGCGUCGAGUAAAGGCUGUAAAACCUCGUGAACAUCUUGCGACGUUCACUACGAAGGCCUGCAAGACCAUUUGUGUUUCUCGUAAUUUUGCUUCAGGAUCAUCAGACCAAGUUAUGAAGGUUGAAGAUGUUUCUAGGAAGGUUGCCUGCAGGAAGCCGGAAGCAUGCAUGCCUCGUCCAAUGGAGAUUCGGGUUGUUUGUCAGACACCAACGCCCCCAACUAGAACAUCUACCUAUGGACAUAAGGGAUAGGCAGGGAGAUUUGCAGAUUGUCUCAUGUGCCCGCAGCAAAUACAAGCGAGUCCGUGUGUUAAAACGCGGCUUAUGACCAUGGCGAUGGGCACUCUUCAGUAUCUGCACGGAAGGCAGAUGUCCCUCAAAUGCAGAGUAGGACUACUGAUCAGGGUUUGUGGUGCAGGAGUAUGCUGGCCAGGCUUGAACUUGAGCAGAUUCGCCUUCAUCUGAAGUUUGUCAAGAAUAUUUGUUCUGGCUGUUACAAUGUAUGCCUUAAUGGUAAAAUUUCGUGCUGGUCUCAAAGUGGGGCCGAGAAACAGAUGAUUCUAAAGUGGUUGGUCCCACGAAAACAUGGACGAGCAAACUUCACGGCGAAAGUGUUUGAAGAUCAAGGGUUCCUGGUUCAUGAUGGAACCUGAAGGUCGUCUUGGACGUGGAAAGGUCGUACGUGGUACCCGCGAGGGCUUGCAAUGGCGAGUGUAACCGUAGUCCGCGAGGGCUUGCUAUGGCGAGUGUAACCGUAGUGUGUGGAUUUUGGGAAACUUGAAAACAGAAAUGUCUAUUAGGAUAGAUGAAUGGACCGCUGCAAAAUCAGUUUCAGGAGAUAGAUGUCACAUGUUUCCAGAAAGGUUUUGUUUAGGCUGUUUGACCUUCAGAUGGAAGGAGAGAAGGAAGAGAUAUCAAUGACCAUAAAAAUGAGAAAGAAGUGGUACUUUUCGUGUUCGAGUUCAGCCUUUUGACCCUUCGGGUCCCACGGGCUUGAUCUAUUUACCAUUUACCAUUUAUAUUUCAGUCUGUAUAUCAAAGUUCAGCUAAGCCCUAAAUGAACAAUUGCAUUGUAAAGGAUAUCUAUACGAUAUCCUGUACAUGUGGACAUGUGGACUACCGAAGAUCAGAUAUCCACACGCUAGGGAUCAGGACGCGUGCUGAGGCCCGCAUCUGCCUUUGAUGUGUAUGAAGAGGCGGACGCCCACCAGACUUGCUACGUUGGACACAAAAUGCGUUAAUUAUGACAGUACUUUGUACCAAAAUGUAGAAAAUGUUGUCUCUUCUGCUUAAUCAUACGUAGCUUUGAUGGCUAAGUUUUCCUCCAAUGGAUAUAUAUUCUAUGUAUAUUUCUUCAAUCUCCCUGUGAGUGCUUAUUAUAUAAGACGAUUUAAGGUUCAGAGGGGAGAAUCCCUGAGAAGUACGCCAAACUACGAGGUGAUAAAUUUCGGCUUCCAUGAAUUUUAUAACACUCGCAUGUUUGACAAAGUUAAGCAUGAGAUAGAUGAGUACAGGUCAGAACAUACUACGAAUCUCAGUUUGUUUCUUCAAAGUGAAGUGAUAUCGGAUUUUCACCCACUAUCGGAAUUUAACAGAGUGGAUCCGAUAUUAACGCUGAGCAACGUUGAUUCAAAGUCGUCAGGUCACUCGACCAGAUCGUCGAUGUCGAAAAGAAAAGAAAAACAGAAUAAAUAUCUGUGAUGGUGUCAUACAC